AUGAAGAGGUCGAGAGAUGAUGUGUAUGUGAGUCCUCAAGUCAAGCGCCCCGCCAUCUCUCCUCUUGUUGAACCGUCUGGACAAGUCCACAUGUCGACUGCAAGCAGCAUGCAAAGAUUGACAACAACUGAUGCCUUGUCAUAUCUCAAAACCGUGAAAGAAAUAUUUCAAGAUAAAAGGGAUAAAUAUGACGAGUUUCUCGAUGUCAUGAAAGAUUUUAAAGCUCAAAGAAUUGAUACGACUGGUGUUAUAACGAGAGUAAAGGAGUUAUUUAAAGGUUACAGAGACCUAAUUCUGGGCUUCAAUACCUUUUUACCAAAGGGGUAUGAAAUCACCCUCCCACUCGAUGAUGAUCUGAGGAAGAAACCCGUAGAAUUUGAAGAAGCAAUCAGUUUUGUUAACAAAAUCAAGACUAGAUUUCAAGGAGACGAUCAUGUGUACAAAGCAUUCCUUGACAUUUUGAAUCUGUACAGAAAAGAUAAUAAAUCUAUAACAGAGGUUUAUCAGGAGGUUUCAGUUCUUUUUCAGAACCAUGCGGAUCUACUUGUCGAGUUCACUCAUUUUCUACCUGAUACUUCUGGUGUUGUCUCCCCAGCGGCACUAACAAGGACUAAUCAUGUUGAAAAGAAACCUGCUGUUUCAUAUGCUGUUGGUGAACGUUAUAACAGUCAACCUGAUACAGAGCAGUGGAAUCAGGUUGAAAAAGAAAAAGGGAAACGAGAAGACAGAGACAUAAAUGAGUGGGAGAAUGAUGACGGCUUAGAUCACAAAAAAAAUCCUGCUCGACAGGAUGGUCACGCAUCCGACCAGUUACACAGAGGGAUGGAGGAGAUGGAGUCCACUUUCCGUGAGAAAGUGAAGGAACGGUUACAGGCAGCUGAAAAUUACGAAAAAGUUUCAGAUUGCAUCUGUUCGUUUAAAAGCAAGUUUGUCCCAGCCGCUGAGUUUCGAAAGCUGGUGGCUAGUUUAAUUGGAGAACAUCCAGACCUUAUGGAGGCAUGUGAAGAUUUCAUAACAUACAUCGAGAAGUCUGGUAGCAUGCGGACCAAUAAACAAGUUUUCAGAUCAUUAAAGGUAAAUGAAGAUGAAGAUGACCAUGACAGGGAAGACAAAGAUAAAACUAAAGACAAUGAUAACAGAGAAAGGGAUAGGCAUGAUAGAGGUCUUGCCUUUAACUCUAGGGAUCUCUCAGGACAGAAGAUUUCAUAUGCAAGCAAAGAUAAGUCUAUGGCGAAACCCAUUCAUGAACUUGAUCUCUCGGACCGCGAGAGCUGCACUCCAAGUUAUCGGCUUCUACCAGAAAAUUAUCCGAUCCCAUCAGCAAGCUGUAGAACAGAGAUUGGCAACCAAGUGCUGAAUGAUCGUUGGGUGUCGGUAACUUCAGGAAGUGAGGAUUACUCAUUCAAACACAUGCGCAAAAAUCAAUAUGAAGAAAGUCUGUUUCGGUGUGAGGAUGACCGGUUUGAACUUGACAUGCUGUUGGAAUCUGUGAAUGCGACAGUGAAGCAUGUUGAAGAACUGUUAGACAGAAUGAAUGCUCAUACUACUAAGGCAGACAGUUUUAAUAUUGAAGAAUGUUUGUCAGCCCUUAGCUUACGAUGUAUUGAGCGUUUAUAUGGUGACCAUGGGCUUGAUGUGAUGGAUGUAUUGAGGAAGAAUGCACCUCUAGCCCUACCAGUCAUUUUAACUAGGUUGAAGCAGAAGCAGGAAGAAUGGGCAAGGUGUCGUGCUGAUUUUAAUAAAGUUUGGGCUGAUAUUUAUGCUAAGAACUAUCAUAAAUCACUCGAUCAUAGGAGCUUCUAUUUUAAGCAGCAGGAUACAAAGAACUUGAGCGCUAAAGCAUUGCUCGCUGAGAUAAAAGAAAUGGGGGAUAGGAAUCAGAAUGAAGAUGAAAGCCUCCUUGCCUCGAUUGCUGCUGGUUAUAAACAGCCAAUUAAACCCGAUAUGGUAUUCGAAUAUCCUGAUCCGGAAAUCCAAGAAGAUCUUCAUCACUUGAUGAAAUAUUCAUGCGGAGAACUUUGCGCCCCCGAACAGCGGGACAAGGUCAUGAAGGUGUGGACAACUUUCCUCGAGCAAGUGAUGGGUGUUCCUUCACAUUCUUCCUCCACUGAGGACAAAGAAGUCGCUGAUAAGGAAAAUUGUCUUGUGGAAAAAAGUGUGGAAAAUAUUGGUGAAGUAAAUAAUAACCCUGCUGAUGGAUCUCCUGGUGUUGAUAAUUUCGGUAACAUGGGUGCUGUGUUAUAUGAUGCUCUCGAAGAUGGAAAAAUGCAGAUUGAUGCCAAAAUGAUGUCUGCUAGCAAACAAGCCAGUUUCUUAGAUGAAGGAACUUCAAUUUCUUUGGGAGUGAAGGACAUCAAGGAGGAAGAUCUUUCGGUUGCAUUGAAGGGACCUGAUUAUGCUGUUGCUGCUUGCGGCAUUUUACCAACACCUGGUCCUGGCCCCCUGGAAGGUAUCAAGAAACACCAUGAAGAAUCCGAAGACUGCACCAAAACCGAGCGGGAAGAGGGCGAAUUGUCCCCAAAUCCAAAUCCCGAGGAGGUCAAUUUCCCAUUACCUGCAGAUAAUGGUACCAAAGAGGAAACAAUUGCUGUUGCUGAUGAAGAAUGUGAGGAGAGUCCACGGGCCUUGUCGGACAGCGAGAAUGUUGCGUCCGAAAAUGCGGACGAUGUCUCCGGAAGCGAUUCGGCCAAUGGGGAUGAGUGCUCGCCUGACGCCAAUGAUGAUGAGAGUGAAGUCGAGGUCGAAGGGGCGGUGAAACUUGCUGAUCGUUUUCUCGGGGCAGCAGCGCCCUUGGCGGUCAGACUCCCAAAGGGGUCGCGUGGAGGGGUGGAGUGUCGCGGGCUGUUCUAUGGGAAUGACUCUUUCUAUCUGCUCUUCCGGCUUCACCAGAAGUUAUAUGACAGAAUGAUGAGUGCAAAGUUGCAUUCCUCAUCAUCUGAAAACAGAUGGAGAAUUUCAAAUGGUGCUAAUCCAACAGAUACAUACGCAGGCUUUAAGAAUGCUCUUCGCAGUCUGCUGAAUGGGUCCUUUGAUAAUGCUAAGUUUGAGGAUGAGUGCCGAGCCAUAAUUGGCGCUCAGUCUUAUGUCCUUUUCACAUUGGACAAGCUGAUUCAUAAACUUGUCAAACAGCUACAAACUAUUGCAUCAGAAGAGAUUGAUAACAAACUCCUCCAACUCUACUCAUAUGAAAGAUCUAGAAAUACUAAGAUAUUUUCUGAUGAAGUUUACCAUGUGAACGCCCGUUUUCUUCUUCCCGAUGACAACUUGUACCGAAUAGAAUGUUUGCCUUGUCCAACGCGUCUGACUAUUCAACUGAUGAGAAACGAAAGUGAUAAGUUUGAACCAAUAGCCGUCUCCAUGGACCCUGAAUUUGCAGCUUAUUUGAACAAUGAACUACUCAUGGUUGUCCCGGAAAGAAUGGGAAAACCUGGGGUGUACUUGAAAAGGAACAAAAUGAAACUCUAUAAUGGAGAUGAAAUUUCUGAUUUUGAGAAAGCCAUGGAAGGACUUGUAGUUUACAAUGGUGUGGAAAUGAAAGUGAACAGUGUCACAAAGAAGGUUGCGUAUGUUUUGGGAACAGAAGACUUGUUGUACCGGAAGAAAGCAAGAAGGCGGGAUUUGUAUCAAUUACAGCCGCAUGGCACUUCCAAUGGCAACUCGCAGCCCAUCAAACGUCGCAAGUUGCUAUUUAGUUGA